AUGGAGACUAUUAACAACAUCACAGCUGCUGCUUCCAAUGCGAUUUGGGGACAAUCAGAAGAUCCGAAGAAUCCAAACACAACUACAUCUCAAACUACAGGAACACCCACAACCACAACAAACCCAACAAUGUCAGGAAACACUUCUGGCCGAGAGCCAAUUUCUGGUCAACUUGGUAACACCAGUGCUGAAUCUUCCCCUACCACCACCCCAUAUACAGCAACCACAAUUGACCCAAGAGUUCACACUGAGUCCAAUGCUGGACCACACGGCUCAAAUCUCGCAAACAAGGCGGACCCAAGGGUAGACUCCGACCGCGAUGGAUCCAGAACUGCAGGUUCGACUGCAUACGAGCCUUCCAACACCAUGGGAACACCACUCGGUGCUGGAAGUGCUGCUGUUGGAGGAUCAUCUGGCUUAGGCUCAUCAUCUACCACCUCAGGUCCUCACAGCUCAAACCUCGCCAAUAAGGCAGAUCCAAGAGUUGACUCUGACCGUGACGGAUCUGGCUUCGGAAACACUAGCAGCAGCAGCAACACUGGAGUCUACAGCUCUACUUCAUCAUCUACCACCGCAGGUCCUCACAGCUCCAACCUUGCCAACAAGGCAGACCCAAGAGUUGACUCAGAUCGCGACGGAUCAGGAAUUGGUAACACCAGCGGCGGGAACACUGGUUUCUAUAGCGCUACCACCCACAACCCACUCACUUCCCGACCUGCAGAUUCUAGCACUACCUCUUCCACAACACACCACACUUCCGGUAUUGGCGGUAUCGACUCUUCACGAUCAACAGGAGAUUACUCCUCAUCCACAGGACAUCAUGGCUCUAACACAGGCCACCAGUCCACUUACGGCAGCACUGGAGGUGACACUAGCCUCUCAGCAGACGGUUCUCAAAGCAUCAACCCAGGCCCAACUGGCUCAACUGCUGGAAAGUCCGUGGUUGAUGCUUCGCAACAAUCCAGAACAAGCACUGGUCCAAUCGAUGCGGUUGGCGACAACACCCCAAACACCCGCCCAUUCUCAGAAUUCGGUGGUAACAAGACCGUUCCAGAUUCUGACAAGACUGGUAUUGCUUUCCGUGAGCCUGGUCCAACACCUUCCAGAGGCCUUCACCCAAUUGAAGGUCAAGGUUCAUUGACUGGCGCUCACUCCCACCGUGGCUCCGGCGCUUUCCAGAAUACUCAAGAUACCCACGAUACGCUGCACAAGAGAGAUCACAUGGAUGGUGCCGAUCACACACAAGAUCGCAAGUUGAGCAGCGCUACAAGCGCUACAAGUGGUUCCGGACGCGCAGGAUCUACGGCUGGUAUUACUGGAAAGGGAACGCCAGGUGGUAUGCCAGAAGUCGUCGCUCGGGAUUUGGAGAAGAUUAAGACUGGAAAGGGAAAGCCACCAGGAGGAAGUGAUGCUGAACUUGGUCUCGAUGAAGCUCACGGAGGACCAAAGGCUACCUCUAAGGAAGGCGCUCACGGUGCACACGGUGAGGAGAAGAUGGGUAUGAUGGAUAAGAUUAAGGCUAAGUUGCCAGGGCACCAUUAG